CUCACCUCCUUACCUCCUCCUCAUCUUGAUCUCAAUCAAUCCACACCUUCUUCUUCAUCCACAGCAACAAUGUCUAGUUUCAGUUAUGCUUCUGCUUUCAACUUAUCCGAAAAAUCUCCUUUCAACUCUGCAAUCGCUUCCUCCUCUUCCUCUGCCAUCGAUGAUAAUGAAACCGACGACGCUUGCAGCAUCUGCCUCGAGCCUUUCACCCUCCACGACCCUGCCACUGUAACAAGUUGCAAGCAUGAAUAUCACCUUCAGUGCAUCAUUGAGUGGUCUCAGAGAAGCAAAGAGUGUCCUAUUUGCUGGCAAUUCUUUGUCCUUAAAGAUCCUCUCAGCCAAGAGCUUUUGGCUGCUGUGGACAAGGAAAGGCUGAUCAAAACCAGCAGUAACAUGAGAUCUUCAUCCUCUCCAACUUCCAUUCCUCACUCUAAUGAGGAGUACUUUCACUCAGACGAGCAGUUUAGCAGCUUUGAUGAACAAUUCCUUAGGCAUCUCACUGAAGCUGCUCAUAGACGUUGUUUGCUUCGUUCAAGGGACACUCCUAUACCCUCCAUUGAUCCCACUCCUACUGAUAUCGGCAAUCUUGCCGUUAUUUCACAUGCUGAACAUCAGGAUGCAAACCCCCCGUCUCCUGCAUCUCCUGCUGAUACCACCAAUGGAUCCAGAAUAUCCCCUGGACCUUCUCCAUCUGAAGCAUCAUCUCUUCCGGAAGCCAUUAAAUCCAAACUAGCUGCUGCUUCCGCAAGGUACAAAGAAUCCAUCUCUAAGAGUAAACAAGGUCUUAAAGAGAAGCUACUUGCUCGCAAUAACUCAGUCAAAGAACUGAGCAAAGGUGUACAACGUGAGAUGAACGCUGGAAUAGCUGGGGUUGCACGGAUGAUGGAACGCUUGGAUAUUGCUUCUAAACGUUUUGGUGGGUCUUCUACUCAUGUCUCAACUUCCGGAUUCAACUUCUCAUUCAAAGGGAAGCGUGGAGAAGAAGCCACUUCCAACAAUAAGCUGCAGGGAGGAGGAUCAUGCUAACUGAAUCAGACGAAUGGAUUAAACCAAUAAUGCAAGCGAUGUAUAUUUCUCAUGGAAUCAAGGUCUUCGCAUCCUGCAUUGUUCAGAGUUCUCAUGGUCUCUUCUCUUUUUUUGCGAUUGGUACUUAGAAGGCUAAAAUAAGUAAAAUCCUUUUCUAAGUAAUCUUUUUAUUACUCGAUUUUCAAGUCCUAGUUGGACUCAAAAACUUUGUAUUAGUUAAUAACUACAAAAGGGGUUGGGUUUAUAUGCUUUCACUCAGGAUUCGAUUAGUCUAUUAUUGCAUAUAAAGCCCAUAAAUAUAUAUCUAUACUAUUAUUUGCGA